AUGGACAAUGGCUACCACUCCCCACAGGUCUGGGAAGUGAUCGGAGGUGCCGACAAGGGUGGAGUGAUUGUCAGGGUGGAUGAGGAGAUCUCUUCGACGCCCUUCCCGGAUCGCCUGACCACCGGGUCCUUGGUCAUGGAGGUCGAACUCGUAGGGGACCGACUUUGCUAUGAUCGUAUUGCUGGGACUGGCGCUGGUCCCGACUCUGGCUGGGUCUCUGUCCGCUUGGGCCUAAAGGAGCUCCUCGUGCCGAUUGAUGUGAAGCCGCCUCGGAGUGGCUGGCGAGUUGUUCACAAGGACCUACCCACCUGGGUGCCCCCUCGACCUCGUCCUGAACGUCCUGCCAUCACAGACGGCAGCCAGGGCCCUUCGCAGUGGCGGGAUGAGGAUGAGAUGGUUGGUGCUGGACCUGGCUCGGCAGUGGGACCUGAGUAUGCACAGAUUUCUGGGCAGCCCUUCGCAUACUAUCACAAGGUCUGUUUUAGCGACACCAAGCCCACGGGUCUUCGCAUGUCUGCAUGCCUUGGAACAAUGGAAGAGUGUCGAGCCGACACUUUUACCCUUUGUGACCAGACAGUCGACAGCUUUAAGAAGGUCACGGAUCCCUUCAUUCUCGUGGCUUUAGAGUUACAUCCUGCUAUUGCAGAUUUUAGCCCCUCCAAAUCGGAGGAUGGCCUGCUCUAUGCGCAUCCAAGCUCCAAAGGUCCCAUCAUGACUUGGUUAAGGAAUGAAGUGCAGUUUGGGUGGCCAAUGUUUCCACUGAGGACUGAAGAGCAGAUCAUCUAUGCAGUGGGGAAAAACCCGCGGAGUUCCGAGCGAAGAGCCAUCGCCACGGGUCGCUUCAUUGAGGCUUUGGUCGAUGAGCCCGGGGCACCCGGUCCGGGCGGCACCCGAGGGCGCCCGGUCCUCUCCCGCAUCCUCGAAUCGAUCGUCACGUUGAAUGUUAGUGGACUUCAAGGGGUCGAGUUGUUGGUUCGUCGACUUCAAGUGAUCCGUGAGGCUCACCGAAUCUCGCCAACAAGCCCAGAUUACAGCUCAGCAGAAUUUUUCAUGGGAUGGCGCUACUGCAAGGGAGCGCAUGGUGUCGACCCUGACCUCGCCCAUCACGUGGCAGCGGAAUUGAAGUCCGAGGCCAUGAUCCUCAAGGAAAGCCGCAAGGCUAAAGAAGAGGCCCAAGCACGCCGUCGAAACCCGGAGACAAGAAGGGGGGAGGCGGCGGAGAUCAGAAAUGAGAAGAAGUCCGGGUGGCGCUUUGACAGCAGGGGCUACGGGCUUUCCACAUCUUCUAGACGAAGGAAGGCCAAGGUCCGUGGUUUGGUUGAGGAGUCAAAUCGUGUAAUUGACAGUUUGAACGAGAUGUAUGCCGCACAGUCCAAUGUUUGUGAAACUAGAGUCAGUGAAGCACAGAGGGCUAGUCAGCAUGCAAUUUUUCAGCAAUUGGCCCGAAUGCCCAGGGCUCAAAAACAAUGCAGUAUGCGUGAGGCUGUUCAAGAGCUUCUGCAGUGUGACUCCUCCUACGGACAGGAGGAUUUUGUCAGCACGGUACGCCCCUAUGACCGAGAGCUUGUUUCGCUUCCCGACACGGGAGAUUGUCCGAUAGCACUGGACCAGGUCCUUGAUGAACAUGGACGACAAGUACUUGGUGAUCCUCAAUGCAGUAUGCUUCUCUCGGAUGAGGAGUGGGGGCGGGUGCUGGAAGAGGGAGAUUUGGUGGCGAUCCCAGAGGGCUCUACGUUGUAUCUGGCUCAAUCCGACAUCAAGGACUAUUUUUACAGCCUUGCAUUACCACAAGAACUACAAAGCCUGUUCUGUCUUCCGGCCAUUGCCAAGUCGGCCUUGCAGGACUGGAACGUCGACAUGGCGACUGUGGAUGAGGAUGCAGAAGGCUGGACUUUCCCGAUGCUGCGGGUGAUUCCCAUGGGCUGGAGUUGGGCAAUGUGGGUUGCACAACGUGUUCACACCCAUCUGUGCAUUGAGGCUGGAGGUCUUAGCAUUGACCGGGUCGUGGUUGAGAGCAAGGCCCCUCCAGACAUUUCAGACAAAGAGGUCAUUUUGAUCCCCUACGCUGACAAUCUGAACGUUGCAGGCAUUGAUGAACUUCGAGUUCAAGAGGUGAAGGACAAGAUCGUUCGAAGGCUCCGGCAAAUCGGAUUCAGAGUGCAUGAAGAACUUGAAGCAUGUCCCAUUGGGCAAAGCCUUGGUUUCCUGAUCGAUGGACAGAGGGGUAUUGUCACGCCAAUUCCGGAAAGGCUGCAGAAGGUGAAGCUGGCACUGGAUUGGCUUGGCAGGCGUCCGUGGGUUUCAGGGAAACAAGUAGAGCGGCUUAUUGGGCAUUGCAUUCAUUUCAUGCUUCUUCGACGUGAGUUGCUUUCGGUUUUCAGAUCCAUGUACGAUUUUGUUCAAAAGAGUUAUCACUACAAGAGCGUGCUUUUUCCAUCAGCAGCAAGAGAAGCGCGUUGGGCCUCCAGUCUUUUGGGCCUAUGCAGUGUUGACCUCAAGCGAACUUGGAGUGAGAAGGUGACCAGCAGUGACGCCUCUCUGUCAGGCAUUGCUGUAUGCACACGUGAGCUGCCUCGUGAGGAAGUAGCCCUCAUAGGUGCACAGAGAGAACCCUGGCGAUACAGGUACAGGGAGCUUCCACCGCCACAUCCUUUUGAGCUCAACGAGAAGUUUCUUGAAGUUCCCCCCGAAGUGAUGCAGCAGGACCACUGGCAUGAAGCUUUCGCUGUGCAUAUGAAACAUGCUGAGCAUAUCACGUUGCUUGAGGCCAGAGCCAGUGAGAGGCAGGAGCUUCGGAGGAUUCAUGAAAGGUGCUACCCAACUCGAACUGGCCAACAAGACCAUGGACAAGCUGCAUUCGGUCCCUUGUCCCCAGAAGAAGAGAGGCAAGGUUUUGAUGACCCACUUCGACAAGAAGCCUGCAGAGAAGGCAAAGACUCGAGCGCAAGUGGUGGCCAAAAGAACGGAUCCACCCCGCUUCAAGGGACAGACGAACUUGGAGCGAUUGGCAGUCUCAGAGGCUGUCGCCCGGGACUAUACACGAAGAAUAGAGGACUUGAGACGAUUCUCGAAGAUGCAGAAGUUUUCUUUGAAGGGUCCCAAGAAUUGGACGAGGCCUGCACCAGAUUUCUCAACGACAUCUUCGAGCAGGGCGUCGAGUUCCACGAAGGCUCAAAAUUUGUGGCCGCAGUGAAAGAUGCGUUCCCAGACUAUGGCCCGAAGGGCAUGUUGCCUCGGAUGGUCCGGGCGCUGCAGGGUUGGGGGAAGGUCGACCCUCAAAAGACACGACCUCCCCUUCCAUGGGAGCUGGUGGCGAGCCUCGCCAUGAAGAUGAGGAGGCGGGGCCGCCUGCAGCCGGCGUUGGCAACCCUGACAAUGUUCACUGCUCACCUGAGGCCAGGCGAGUGUCUGGCCAUUCAGAAGACAGAUCUGGCGAAGCCGAUGCCGAAGCAAGAGUUUCAUACAUUGCAUCUUCAUCCUGCCGAACGACACGAGGCCUCAAAAGUUGGAAUCUCAGAAGAAUCAAUCCAACUGGAUGCCGUGCAGGUGCAAUGGCUGGGACUAGCCCUCGAGCAGCUCCAAUCCCCAGGUCCCUUCCUUUUCGACCUGGGAUACACGGAGAUGGUGAGUGCUUGGAAACAAGCACUCGUCGACGUAGGACUGGAGCACAACCAUGCCGUGCUCCAUCAGCUUCGCCACUUUGGACCUUCGUUCGAUCGAUGCCACCGUCUCAGAUCGCUGAUGGAGAUCAAAGCCAGAGGCCGAUGGGCCGCGGAUGCCAGUCUCCGUCGCUACGAGCAGCAUGGCCGCUUGAAUCAGGAAUACCAUCGCCUACCACUGGCGACACAAAAGCUUGUUUUGCAGUUGGAAGAGCAGAUGAGAAAGCUGGGCCCAAAGUUUUUCACCCACCCUCAGCAAUAG